CCCUCCUGUGCUGUGGUGCUGUGCAGGAUGCUGAGGACCCACACCAAAUCUCUAGAUCCCUUGCCUCUUGGGGCAGUGGGGAGGAGAAGAUCUGGUAUGCCAGCUGUUGACGGAAUGACUUCUGGUCCAGGUUCCUGGUUCACCACAGAGGAUGCAAUGAGGAAACCAGUGCAUUCGAAGCCGCCUGUGUCGCUGGGUAUGUACAGGAGCAUGUACAAGAAGGAGUACAAAUGGCAUGAGGAAAACAAACCACCCACUGAGGAGGACGUGAAGAAGCUCAGAGCCAAGGAGUUUGCCGUGCCCCAAGAGCCACAGGCAAUGCCAUACUAUGACAAAGCUCUCGGGGAAGGGAGAGAUGUCACACAAAGUGAGAAGCAAGAAGGCAUUGACCUCAGUCCCAGUGUGCUGCAGCAGGCUCAUGAAGAGCAGAGAAAGCACUUCAGUUCAGACCUCCCCCUUGCAGAAAGCCAUGCACCAAAGCAGUACCUCACCACUGAACUGACAGCAACCCAGGCGGACAGACCAGAGAAGCCACAGGCUUUCAGUGGGCUGGAAAAGGAACUGUCUUCUUCCCAGCACCUUCAAGCUGCUGUUGGUGGCCCAGGAGCAACAGGUAAUCCCACUCAGCUGGUGCCAGGCAGAUCCAGCAUCUGA